AUGGAUUACUGUUCGUCUUUGACCGGUUUCUUCACCUAUCAGUCUAGGGCAGAGGCAGCACCUUCCUUGAGGGUCACAUGGACAUUUCAGAAUCUUCACUUGGCGAGCAGUGGAGAAGUCUGUCGUUCUGUCCUUCUCAUUCAGGAGAUGAAUCGAUGGAAAAACGCCUCACGCUGUCGGAAACACCCGGAGUGGGUUUUUGCAGUAGAAGCAUCUCAAAACAAUGGAAUAAAUGAAAUAAUCGAAAUAAAUGAACGGAAUACAAGUGUGUUUCAGUUUAUCCCUCCUAAAGACAUCUCAAAGACGCAGCUUGAUAUAACGGUUACUUCCGACUCGGAUGCGCUCUCUUACUUGAAAGUGUCACGGAUCUGUCAGGACAUUAAGGACAACGUUAGACUUGUGGAUUAUAGAGGCGAGUCUAUUCGUCUUACUUUUGCGAGGAAAGGACGUUUCACGUUAUCCAAGGCAUCUAUUUCUUCUCUGGCCGACUCAGCAAGCUGGUACAUUGGUAUUUCGCUAAAUAACACUACAGGUACAAGGCCGUUGAAUGCAAAUACUGGCACGUUAAAUUUGACAAAAUCGUAUGCAGGGACCAUAUUAUUUAUAUGGUUGUAA